AUGGGCGCCGCGUUCUGUACAUUUCUACAAACCUUCGACAUUCCAUUUGUACCUCGAAAAACUUUCGCGACCUUUUUAAAUCCCAGAUUAAAGGCUUUCGAGCAAGUUUAUACUGUGGCCGAACAAGUCGCGAAUAGCGACUUACCGAAGCUCUCUGAUUCUACAACUCUUCCCCCACAAAAACAAGCCAAUCGCUGCAUGCCUCCAGAGUACUUCACUGAUUCCGCUACGCUUACUGAGCGUCCGGAAAGAGCCACAACUUAUUCUGAGAGUCCGGAAAGGGCCACAACUUGCUCUGAGCGCCCGCAAAGGGCCAGAACGCGUUCUGAGCGUCCGGAAAUUUCCACAAUUCGUUCUGAGUGGCCAGAAAGUCCCAUAACGUGUUCUGAGCAUCCGAAAAGUGCUACAUUGUUUUCUGAUGGUCCGAAAAGAGCAAUAGCUUGUUCUGAGAGUCCAAAACGAGCCACAACGUGUUAUAAGCGCCCGCAAAGAGCCCGAACGCGUUCUGAGCGUCCGCACAUUUCCACAACGCUUUCUGAGCGACCGGGAAGUGCCACAUCAUUUUAUGAGCAACCGAAAAGAGCCACAACCUGUUCUGAGAGUCCGCAAAGAGCCGCAACUUGUUCUAAGCCCCCGCAAAGAGCCAGAACGCGUUCGGAGCGUCCGGAAAUUUCCACAAUGCGUUCUGAGCGGUCAGAAAGUGCCAUAACGUGUUCUGAGCAUCCGAAAAGUGCUACAUUGUUUCCUGAGGGUCUGAAAAGAGCAACAGCUUCUUCUGAGCUUCCAAAAUGA